AAAAUCACCAGACAUAAACGGAGCCGUUCGAAAACACUCGACGGCUCGACGGUGUCUUCUCAGUCAACCGGCGGGGUCAUCGACUCAUCGUCUCUCCUCCGGCGGCGAGAUCAGAAGCCACCGAGCUAGCGACGGAUCGCCUUUUUCUCCUCCGCACAAGUUAAGCAUUUCUUCCUCCGCUCCACUUGUGGGCCUCGAUUCCUCUGUUAAACCGUGGGCUCUUCUUCAAUCUCGGCGGCGCCGCCAAGCUCUCCGUUCCCCAGCCGGCUGCAGCUUUCCAUCUACGGAUGCCGUUCGUCUUCCACCGACUGUUUCCAAGAUUCCGUCAGAGCCCACUUAACCCGGGGAAGAGGGGCAGGUGCUGAACUGCUGAUGCUCACCAUCCGCCCCGCUCGUUUCUUCUCGAUCCGUGGCGUGUUUGGCCGCCAAAUUGCUGAAGGGGCAGUUGGACACACCUACAUCAGCGCGGCAACUAAAUGUAGUGGAGUACAGUAUCAAGAAAGCCCCAGCUGCAUUUAUUGGAAUGGAAAAUGAAGGGCAUGUACAUCUCAGAUAAAUGUUUGCAUCGAAGCGUGCAGGCACGCACGGUGCCAGCGUUGAAGCUGCACAUAUCCACGAGGAUCACGAGACAGAAAGGCACAAGCAUAGGUAGAUGGGUAUGGGUGCCGCUGCCUUCUUCUACCUCCUGCUGUCCCUCUGGGCUCAGGAUGCAACCGCGGCUGACCUUGGCCUCACAAGAAGCGAUUUCCCACGGGAGUUCGUCUUUGGAUCUGGGACCUCGGCAUAUCAAUAUGAGGGUGCUGUUGCUGAGGAUGGCAGGAGCCCAAGCAACUGGGACACUUUCACUCACGCAGGCAGAAUGGCAGACAAAAGCACAGGAGAUGUUGCUGCAGAUGGGUACCACAAAUACAUGGAGGAUGUCAAGCUCAUGUCUGAGACAGGCCUAGAGGCCUAUAGGUUCUCCAUAUCCUGGUCAAGGCUCAUUCCAAGUGGACGCGGAGCUGUCAACCCCAAGGGGCUAGAGUACUACAAUAACCUCAUUGAUGAGCUAGUGAAUCAUGGAAUUCAAGUACACAUCACACUUCACCAUGUAGAUCUCCCUCAAGUUCUCGAAGACGAGUAUGGUGGAUGGUUAAGCCCCAAAAUUGUUGAAGAUUUCACAGCAUAUGCAGAUGUUUGCUUCAGGGAGUUCGGAAACAGGGUUGCAUCCUGGACAACUAUGGACGAGGCAAACAUCGGUGUACUUGGCUCUUAUGGCAAUGCUCUAUUUCCUCCUGGCCGUUGCUCAGAUCCAUUUGGAGCAACAAAGUGCACCGCUGGGGACUCUAGCAUCGAACCAUACAUAGCCGCUAAUAAUAUCCUUAUGGCGCAUGCAUCAGUUUUCAGACUGUACAGAGAUAAAUAUCAACACAAGCAGAAAGGAAUUGUUGGCAUAAAUAUCUACUCCUACUGGAGUUAUCCACUGACAAAUGCCACCGCGGAUCUAGAAGCAACUCAGAGAUGUAAAGAUUUCUUGUAUGGCUGGAUACUAGAGCCAUUGGUGUUUGGGGACUACCCACAAGUAAUGAAGAAGAAUGUCGGCUCUCGCCUUCCACCCUUCACAAACGUUCAGUCUGAACUUAUCAAGGGUUCCUUAGAUUUUAUUGGAAUAAAUCACUAUUUUUCUGUCUACGUGAAUGAUCGCCCUCUAGAUACAGGUGUUCGAGACUACACCGCAGACAUGUCAAUUGAUUCAAGAGGUUCUAGGACCGACCCGCCAGCUGGUCAGGGCCCCCCAACACACACUACAAGUGAUCCCAAAGGGUUGCAACUUGCACUGGAGUACCUGAAAGAAACCUAUGGGAACCUUCCCGUCUAUGUCCAAGAGAAUGGUAUGGGAUCUGCUGACGACAGUCUGGAUGACACCGACAGGAUCGGUUACCUGAGCAGCUACAUGGAGGGCACACUAGAGGCGAUGAGGAAUGGAGCCAACGUGGGAGGCUACUUCGCCUGGGCAUUCAUGGACCUGUUCGAGCUCCUGGCGGGGUACCAGUCAAGGUACGGACUGUAUCGGGUCGACUUCGCCGAUGAGAGGCGGCCGCGGCAAGCCAGGCUCUCGGCUCGCUGGUACUCCGGCUUCCUCAAGCACAACGGAACCUCUGCGCUCGCGUCGAGAGCGCAGAUUGAUGAGUUCGUGAUGUACGGAAAGAGAAUGCCUUGGAAAUACCGGUCAUACGAAAGAGGACUUAUUACUAUUGAGAUAUUGUGGUGACGAUGUUUAGCAGUCAUAAAAGGUGUAAAUUGAUUUUUUUUCAAGUGCAAAUCGUAUCAGGCACAUGGACAACUAGCAUCAGCUUCCUCUGUUUAGACAUUACUAUACCACGUAAUUGGUCUUUGGUUCUCUAGGAGAUCGUGGUCCAUAUUUGAGUAACUUACAAAAAUAUAUGCAUUAACAUGAUAAGAUGGUGUAGAAGCUUUCGUAGGAGUAUUUGUACUUGCUAUCACCAGGUAAGUUAUGCAAAGGGUAAACAAUGCUUUAUUUGUUCUAUCCAAUCUGAAUUUAGAAACUUUUUGUAAUAAAAAUAUGGCCAGGCAUUUACCAACAGGCAAGAUCUAGCAGCUUACCUCAUUUUUAUUCCUGGUUGGAUGUUUAGUCAUGCAUCCGAAUUUCCAGCAUGAUAGCUCACUUCUUUCAUGUGUAAAUAGUUCUCUCUCCAAGGCAUUCCUUAAUUUAUUUUCUAUCCUAGCAGUUCGUACAUAUCUAUAUUUUGUGCGGAGCGUUUUCCAUUUCAUUUUAUUUUACUUACUUUGUUUUCAUAUAUGGAUUCUGACUAUAGUAAUACAGUUUUUCCACCAAGGAUGCUUAAAUUACCUUCAAGGAGUGUUUUUUCCCGCUCCCACAUAGCAUGCAGCAGUUAUAUGCAUCAUUUGACUGUCUGUGGGGUCGUUCAGUUAAACGCUUAGUAUUGUUGCCCAUACAAGGAACAGAUUCAGUUCAGUUAAUUUAGCUCUAAUGGCGGUAUCAGUAAAACGUGGAUGUGUGCAGUUUUGAUGUACAUACUCCCCUAUUUGUACCAGUUCAGUUAAUUCAACUCUAAUUACGUUAUUUGUAAAACAUGAAAGAGUUGUUCGCUGGGGUUCUUUUCCCCUCUCCUUUAAUGCAUAAUACGCAUACUCGGGCAUAUUCUAGAAAACAAAAUACAUACUCCCCUAUAUAUGCCCUUCUUAUCCUUUCUUAAAAAUAACUAAGCGAAUAAUUACUUCCUGUAGAUCUCCUUCCAAGUUUAUUUACUUGAUCUUCUUUCCUUUCACUUCUCUUGACCUAUUUUUUGGUGCACUGACAUUGUGUCUUCAGUGGAAAAUUCUGAUGCUUCUAUGCUUUCAUGACUGCAUAAUAUUUUAAAUAUGAUUUAACAUAUGUUCUUUCUCAUGGAAAAUCAAGUUAUAAGUAGCUUAAAUGCUUAUUGUUCUUGGCUUGAGAUCUAUACUCUCUUAGUAAUCAAGCACAUCAACUUCUGCGAUUGAGAGAAGGAUCCAUGUUUCCAUGUUCUUUCUGAAGUUAAAUUGGCAUUGCAAAUUUUGUGAUCAAUAGCUUUCAGAAGAAAAAGGUUGCUCGAGCUACUCUUCAUCAACUUUGCACAUAUCACGGUAUAGUCAUCAACGACCACAAUCAUGGCGCGCUCAAGACAACGUUCAGGAUUUACUCAACAACACAAUAGUGGAGCGGAACUGAUCAUUACUUUAGUGAUUUAGAAAGUGGAGUAUUACUUUACAGAGGGAGUACAUUGUAGUACUGUUGUACUUUGGUUUUUCUUUGCAAUAUUUAGAACAUAGAGAUAAUCUAGAGCAUUCUGGAGGGGAAUCAAUCGGUAUGGAAUACUGAUGCAUAUAUAUUUUCUGGUGUAACUUGCUUCUAGGAUGUGGCAACCUUUUGAGAAAAUUUGAUA